AUGCAUGCAUGCAUGUUGCGUGUUUCCUGUCACGUUCUAAUGCCAUCUGAAAAACCAAUUCCAAGCAAGAUACUUCUUUCGUUUGGAGUUACCCCUGCCACCACUGAAGUAGUAGCGUGGGCCAACUUACCCGAAAUAACCUGCUUCGACUGCAGAGGCUCCUCGUACUACAAGCACGGUUGUAACGAUCCAAUCAACGUCACCGAUCCUGUCGUUUUGAAGUGCAAUGGCAGAUUUUGCUACACCAUCAAAUUGAUGACAGGAAAAGUAAUCCGGACAUGCGCCUGGUGGCUGAACGGGACGAACCAAUGUACGGAGUAUCGGGAUAGUUGGACAUGCCACUGUAGGGAAAACCACUGCAACUGGAGGAACAUUAAUGCCGCCGUUAAAUGUCCCAGCAAGAAGAGGGAAGACCUGGAGGAUGUAUUUUGUAAAAUAAAUAUUUUCAACAAACUUUUGGGGAUAUUCUCAAAUUUUGUAAGAAUACUGUCGAUAACAUAUAUCGGUAUGUAUGGACGGCAAGAUAGUACAAUGGUCGAAGCUGCCUGGUCAUACUUUGCAGUGAUCGCAUUCGAAUGCAGAGAUCGCCACGUCCUGUUUGUCAUGUGCAUAUGCAUCACAUUCCAUGAUAAUGUGCCUAAGAUGGGUUAUGCAUGCAUUUCUCUGUGUAUUCCAGAGCUGAAGUUGACAAGAAGCAGGUUGAGGUACUCAAAAAGAGUUCCUGAUAACAUAGACAUCAAUUGCAAGUUCACAAAACAAUCCAUAGAUGUGAAAGUAACCAUAGACAAUGUAAUGGAGAAGUUUAUAUACAAUUAUUACAGACCAACACCAGAGGACUUGGAUGAAUCAAAAUCUAACUUCAAGGCAGAAAAUGGCAAGAUAAUACUGGAGAUAGCAAAAGUGGGUGGAAUAUCCUGGGUCCCUCAUGCCAGAUAUUUUGUUGAAAAUCAGGAAUGGGAUAAAAAUACGAAAGAAUUUUCUGAAAGUAGUGACACAUCUACUGAAAUGAGUGCUACUGGUUCGUGUAAAUAG